AUGGUCCGACCUCUGGCUGUCGUUUGGGAAACAUGGAACAUAUACACACCCGUCGAGCGCCGGAACAUCGCUAUAUACAUCGCCGGCAUCAUGAUGUACAAGUUUGGACUCGAAGCAUUCAACGGAUCCGUCAUCGCGCUCGCAACAAACCGAUACGAUGAGCUGGAGAAGGCUACACACGUCUCGAUUACAUUCCAGCGCGUCGGCGUGUUGACGGGAUUGAACCAGGCCUUCCAAUGCAUAGGAUCGAUCCUGAUUGCGCCUCUCAUCAAGAGGUAUCCGACAAAGAACGUUCUGGCUUGUGCGAUACUCAUAUUCGCUCUUAUGAGCAGUCUGUUGCUUAUUCUGGAUGCCGCAACUGGUGGCAGGUUUGCACCGCGCGGGUGGCCAAAGGAUGACUUUAGCUACUAUGGUAACUACAAUACAGACGCGAUGAUACCCAUCUAUUGUGUCUGCGGUGUAGUUUACGGCAUGGUCGAACUGAUUCGACGCGUCAUUCCACGAGAUCUAGUAAGCGGCAAUCUUCAAAAGCUUCGGCGAAUGGAUUCCCUCGUUCACAUCUUCUACGAAAUCAGUGGAACCGCAGGAGCUUUCUGCACAGCACUUGCGCUCAUCCCUCGAUUCGGCAACAACUUCAGCUUCAUCAUCACACCGAUAUUCUUCGCAGUUGCAUCGAUACUUUGGUAUUUUAUCCAGGAAGCUCGCAUACCGAAAGAGAGUAGCAUCCCAGAGCGCCAGCCGACGUACUUCAAAGCCGUCAUCAGCGGCUUCUAUCUCUUCUUCGAAUCGGUCGCAACCGGCGCCAAGAUUAUAUUCACCCACCGAAAGUUUAUCUGGCUGCUGCCCGGAUAUGCUUUCGCGCUCUACGCACACCGGUAUCUUGAAAACUCGAUUGCGCCCGCAGUGGCGCGCCGGUAUUUUGGAAACUCAGCCUGGUCGCAAAUCAUGGUAGGAGGAUCCAACUUUGGUGAACUCUUGGGGGCUCUGUUUGUCUUCAUCUUCACGAAUCUAGUACACACACCCAUGCCGUGGCUCCGAAUCGAUGCGCUUGCACUGCUUAUCGUGUGGUAUUUGCCAUAUUGGCACCCCCCUCGAAACGACGUCGCUCAAGCUUGGAUCGUAGGAGCAACGUUUCUCCCCAUCAGUUUUGGAUGGGCUGCUGGUGAUGUGUCGCUCGCUGCCUACAUCCAGGCAUCGCUCGCUCGCAUUGAAUCGAAAAUGCAAAACGUCUCCGCCCUGGGAGCUGUAAUGGCGUUUCUCUAUAGCACGUAUAUUGUUACCUACGCCAUCUCGUCUGUAUGCCUUGGCACGUACAUCGACCGCAUAUCCGACCGCCACGACGAGCAGAUACAUGUGGCUAUCCUGAAUGUGGCCGGUGUGCAGUUCACCAUCAUAGCAGUGUUGGUCAUGACGAGCACAUUUGUACCCAAGGGCGCAUUCUCGUUCAACCCGAAGAUGCUCAGCGAAGAGAAUCUGGAUGCUGACAUUGACGAUGACGAUGACGAUGACGAUCUGGAGGAUGAGGACUUGGAGUGGAUACCGGGAGUUCAGGUCAAAAGCAGAGAGAGCCAUGAAAGUCAUGAGAUGGUGAUCGAGUCAUGA